AUAUGCAAACAUUCUGAGUUUCUGACAGAUGUGUAAAAAUGUCAAAGUUUUACGUUCCCUUUCCUCCAAAGAAAGGUACCGUACCCAAGAAAGAAACCAAUUUUAAUGAAGAAGAUAAGAUGAAAUACAGAGAAAUACAAAGAAGCGAUCGGAAUGGCUGUUACCAAACCGCUAAUCAUUAACUUGUCGACGUCAGCAGUGGGUAUCUUUCUUUGCUUAGUUGCAUUGGUAACACCUGGAUGGAUUUCUUGGGACAAAUCUUUAAUCGGUGUAUUUUACGUGUGUACUUACCCUUUUGGUCGAUGCUCUGCAUUUCUUUUCAACCAUUCAAAUGUGAUUUGUGGUGGAAUCAUUCACUUACAUCUGAUAGAUGUACAACUAGCUGGUGUUAUUGCUAUCGUGCUUGGUGUAGUUGGUUGGUUGGUUCUUUUGGUUUAUGCCAUUUCCAAAGAGUCAUCUGCCUCUGUGUUUGUUAGAAGCGGAAUAAUUCUGCUUGUUGCAUCCACAUUCGAAUUUUUCCUUUUGGUUAAAUUUAUUCUUCUCAACGUUUUCAUAUUCCAAAGAGUAGUCCACAUUGGAUUUCCUUUCUCUAUGCUCAUUUCCAGCUUUGGCCUCGUUCUUAUUAUGUUUACGGUCGUGAGGAUUUUCAUUCGUAAUAAACAAAUGUUGAACAGUUGCAACUCUAAUGAGCGUGCCAUUACCUCUGAGCCUGACACGUCACUGGAUUGAAUGAACUUCAAGGAUAAUUCGUUCUAUAUGUAUGCAAUGUCACAGAAUGCCUAUGAAGUAACUCUGAAUUUCAAUGCUUUAUAACUUCUGUACUCAAACAUUUACCGAAAGUUUUAGAAUAAAGUUUUGUAUGCUGUAUCCUUUGAUAUCAUUUUUUGUAACGUAGAAUAAGACAAGAGCAAUAAAGUAUAAUAAUAUUAAAAUGUCUCUGUCUCUCU